CCUGAAUGCUCCUAUUAUGACCAGAGUUGCUACAAUCUUGUUGUUUCCUGAACUAACAGUUUCCCCCAUGUUUACUUACCCCUUUAUAGCAUAGGCGAUUGGUCUGUGCAUGAAGGGGUUACUUGUUCGAAAAGAGACUCGUUCAAAACUGCAGAUAUGCCCAACCAGAGAAUUGUUUGGUCGUAUCAGAGGUUGAGACUGAGUCCACAAGUUGCCCGUUUCUAUUUGGUGGGGCUUUAUUUCACUUCCCAAGCUCCUCCUUCUCCCUUCUCCACAACUCUUUUCGUCCCAACAACGCCUUCCAAUUUAAAUAUAGACACCUAUUUUGACACUGAAUACACCUUACUUCCCAACCAUACACCUAUCCAUUCAAAUUAAACGCCUGUCCUUUCACACCAGACGCUUUUAGUUCUUCACACUACACGUUACUUCCUUAACAGAACACCUCCCACUAUCACCCACACGCCUUCCACUAUCAACCGCACGCCUUCCGUUAUCAUCAAUAGGCCUUCAAUUACCAAUCAGAGGCCUUGAAUUAUCUUUCCAAGGCCUUCCACUAUCAAUCAAAGGCCUACUUAUUUAACCAAACACCUAUUUAUUUCCAUCACAGGCCUCAAAAUCCUUUCCAAACACAUACGCAAUUCAACAAUGGCCCCUCCCGCCACGCUCAGAGGUGCCUCGCGCGGCACGCGCGGCAGAUGCGGCGCUCCCAGGGGUGCCAGAGGCUCCAAUGCGCGCGGUGAUGCCGUUACUGGUGGGCGUGGCGCCCGUUCCAUCACACCUGUUGCUGCUCCCCAGGCCGAUUCCCAGCCAUCCCCCGAGCAAGCAAUGAUUCCCACACCCACACGCCGCAGAGUUCCCAAGGCCCCUGAGCCCAUGGGCAAGCCUUGGGCUGUCAGCUCCAUGACUUGGAGAGCUGAUGAAGGUUCGCUCAAGAAGCUCGAGACGGGCGAGUUCUCUGACGCGACGAUCUUGGCUGACGGGAGAACCUGGAGAGUUCAUCGAAUGCUCCUCAGCACCCGAUCCCGCUGGUUUGCGGAGGCGUUUGAGAAGCAGAGUCCGGGGGAGGAUGAAGGGGAGCCGGAGAUUAACCUGAGGGAGUUGAAGACUGAGUUUGUGGAUAUGCUGCUGCGGACACUUUAUUCCAACCGCUUGCCCGACCAGUACCUCAACAUCCGCGGCGCAAACGCCACCUUUUCAACCUAUAUCAAAAUCUUCAACCUCGCCGAUCAGUUCGGCGUCGAGACCAUGUGCAACGACGCCCUGACACUCCUAGGCCAACUCGCCGACCGGCACCUCGAGGACCUCUGCACCUUCGACAAAGCUCAAUCCGGCCGCGAGGGCGUGCCAGAGCCAAAGCCGGCGUUUCCGUAUCACAAUCUCGGUAUUGCUAUCCUCGAAGCCUUUAGUGAGGAGCGCACCGUCACCGAUAAACGCGCGCAGUAUCUGCUUGCCAACUUUCUCUACGCCGGCCGUGCGGUGCUGCUAGAGAACCAAGUCCUCAGGGACAUUGUCGACCGCAACGUCCAUCUCGCUGCCGCGAUGUGGCACGCCAGUCAGGGGCGGAAUCUAGCCGGUUGGCUGCCCGACCCUGAGGUGAUCUCCCACCGUCUGCGCGCGUUUGAUCACUCGAGAAAGACGCAGCAUCCUGAUCGAUGCGAGCUUUGCGAUGAUGUUUUUGAUUAUGGGGCUCACAAGAGGGUCAUGUUUGAUCCGUACAAGGUUGUGCUUAGGCCGGCGGGUUACUGCGGAGUUUGUGUCGAGAAGUAUAAGGAUGACCCGGGGUGUUUGUUUCGGAGGCGGGGAAAGAUGGAUAAGCUGGGGGGGGAUGUUGUUGCCGGUUAUCAAGGCUGAGGUGUUGCAUGAAGGGAAGGAUAAUAUGGCGAGGAUUCCGGAGAUGGAGAGUGAGAGGGAGGCGAGUGCCGGGUUGGGAUUGCAGGGGCCGACGAUGAGUACGCCUGCUCCGGUGCAGGUGUUGUCAGAUGGGGAGUUGAUGCCGCCUCCUCCGGUGCCGGUUAAGAAGGGGGUGAAGAGGGCGAGAGAGGAGUAAAAGGGAUAGGGAGAGGCAUAGGGAGGAAAUGGGAAGGCGUUGCUGUGAUUAUAUGAGGCAUAUGAAGGGGCUUUUAUAAGGGUUGAUACCCCAGAAGUAGGCGUUGACUUUAUUUUUAAGGCAUUUAAAGUUAUUUGGGAGGCGUGAUUAUUUAUUUUAUUACUUAGGUGUUGCUUUAUCAUUUUGAUGCGUUGGGUUUUAUUUUAUGGGGCAUCUAUACAUUCUUUUGACGCAUUAUUAUUUGUUUUAUAGGCGUUGAUUUAUCAUUUUGAGGCCUUAUUUCCUAGUGCUUAGGCAUUUUUAACAUCUUUCGAGGGGUGCAGAUAGUUAUUAUUUUAAUGCGUUGGUUUUA